GAAAUUAUGAGCUUUCUGAAGAAGAAAAAUUUUAUUUCUUCACUUCAAGAACACGCAAAUAUCCAAAUGGGAGCCGUGCAGCUCGUGCUGCUGGCGGUGGAUAUUGGAAAGCCACAGGGUCUAAAAAGAAAAUUUACAAUGAUGAUGAUGAGCUAGUGGGAGUGAAAAAAACCUUGGUAUACUAUAGAGGAAACGCUAAAGAAAAUGAUGGUGUAAAGACUGACUGGAUAAUGCAAGAAUAUAUAAGUGAGAUCACAACUUGCAAGCCUGGUGAUUCAAUGAAGCUUGAUGAUUGGGUCUUAUGCUGCAUUCAUAAGAAAAGAGGUGCUGUAGACAAUCCUCACAAGCUACAGAAAGUUUCUCAAGCUCAAUCAGACAUGCCAACCGAACAAGAUGCAAAUAAUAAUCAAAGCUAUCAGACUUUUAUUGACUCAAAUGGUGGCUAUGGUAAUGCCAUUAUGGUACAACAAUUAGUAGCAGCAUCAGGCAUGCAAAUUACUGAAUUUAAUGGUAGUAUGGUCCCAUCAUUAGCAGCAGAACCAAGUGUGCAAAUUACACCAAGCAUGCAAUUAACUGAACUUAAUGAUAUGGUCGCACCAUCAGCAAUAGCACCAGGCGAGCAAAUGAUUGGUUCUAAUGGAAUGCUACAACAAUUAGAAGUAGCAACAAGGAUGCAAAUGACUAAAUUUAAUGGUAUGUUCCAGCCAUCAGCAAUAGCACCAAGUGGGCAGAUGAUUGAUUUUAAUAGAAGGAUACCACAAUUAGGAGAAGCCUAUGCUGAGCUAAUGGAUAAUCAUGGUUGCAUAGUACAAAAACCAGCAAUAUCUCCAACUGAGCCGAUGAUUGAUUUCAAUUAUAUGGCACCACGAUUUGCAGCAGCACCAAUCGAACAAAUGAUUGGCUUCUAUGAUAUGACACAACUCCCUAAAAUUACUGAUUUCAAUGCUAUGAGACAACCAUCACCACCAAUGAUCGAACAUAAUGGGAUCAUGAGCAUCCGCAAUAAUCAUUCAACCGGGCAAGGUUUCCAACAGAACUUGAGCAAUGCAAUGAUAUCUGGCAAAGAUCAU